GAUUUUUGCUUUUCAAAGACUAUUGCAUGAAUGAGAUUGACGAAGCUGUCCCUCAACUGAAGUUUUAUGAAGAGAUAAAAGAAUACGAGAAACUGGAUUCUGAGGAUGAGCGUCUGACCCGAAGUCGGCAGAUUUACGACAUGUACAUAAUGAAGGAGCUGCUGUCCUGUUCGCAUCCUUUCUCAAAGCAAGCUGUAGAUCAUGUACAAACACAUUUAGCCAAGAAACAAGUGCCAGCCAGCCUUUUUCAGCCAUAUAUAGAAGAAAUUUGUGAUAGUCUCCGAGGAAAAAUAUUUCAAAAAUUUAUGGAAAGUGACAAGUUUACUAGAUUUUGUCAAUGGAAAAACGUAGAACUAAAUAUUCAUCUGACCAUGAAUGAUUUUAGUGUACAUAGAAUAAUAGGAAGAGGGGGAUUUGGUGAAGUGUAUGGUUGCAGAAAAGCAGACACUGGAAAAAUGUAUGCAAUGAAAUGUUUAGAUAAGAAGAGAAUCAAGAUGAAGCAAGGAGAAACAUUAGCCUUAAAUGAAAGAAUUAUGCUGUCUCUUGUCAGUACAGGAGACUGUCCUUUUAUAGUGUGUAUGACCUAUGCCUUCCACACCCCUGACAAACUCUGUUUCAUUCUGGACCUGAUGAAUGGAGGAGAUUUGCACUACCACCUCUCCCAGCACGGAGUGUUUUCUGAAAAAGAAAUGAGGUUUUAUGCUACUGAAAUCAUCCUGGGCUUAGAACACAUGCACAAUCGCUUUGUUGUAUACAGAGACCUAAAGCCUGCAAACAUCUUGUUGGAUGAACACGGGCAUGUGAGGAUAUCAGACCUUGGGCUGGCUUGCGAUUUCUCCAAAAAGAAGCCGCAUGCUAGUGUAGGUACCCACGGAUACAUGGCUCCAGAGGUGCUCCAGAAGGGAACAGCAUACGAUAGCAGCGCAGACUGGUUCUCGUUAGGCUGCAUGCUUUUCAAACUUCUGAGAGGUCACAGUCCUUUCAGACAGCACAAAACCAAAGAUAAGCAUGAGAUCGACCGGAUGACGCUCACCGUGAAUGUGGAGCUACCAGAUUCCUUCUCUCCCGAACUGAAGUCCCUUUUGGAAGGGCUCCUGCAACGGGAUGUUAGCAAGAGACUUGGAUGCCAAGGAAGAAGUGCACAAGAAGUAAAAGAACAUCCUUUCUUCAAAGGCAUUGAUUGGCAGCAAGUCUAUUUACAAAAGUAUCCUCCACCCUUGAUUCCUCCCAGGGGAGAAGUAAAUGCAGCAGAUGCUUUUGAUAUUGGAUCAUUUGAUGAAGAGGACACUAAAGGCAUUAAGUUGCUUGAUAGUGACCAGGAAUUAUAUAAGAACUUCCCUCUGGUAAUAUCGGAGCGUUGGCAGCAAGAAGUAGCAGAAACUGUUUAUGAUGCAGUAAAUGCAGACACAGAUAAGAUUGAGGCCAGAAAAAGGGCUAAAAAUAAGCAGCUUGGCCACGAGGAAGAUUAUGCACUUGGGAAGGAUUGUAUUAUGCAUGGAUACAUGCUGAAAUUGGGGAACCCAUUCUUGACUCAGUGGCAGCGUCGUUACUUCUACCUCUUCCCAAACCGACUUGAAUGGCGAGGAGAAGGGGAGUCACGGCAAAACCUGCUGACAAUGGAACAAAUAGUAUCUGUUGAAGAAACACAAAUUAAAGAUAAGAAAUGCAUCUUACUGAGAAUUAAAGGAGGAAAACAGUUUGUCCUACAGUGUGAGAGUGACCCAGAAUUUGUUCAGUGGAAAAAAGAGCUGACAGAAGCUUUUACUGAGGCACAGAGGUUGCUGCGUCGGGCUCCAAAGUUUCUCAAUAAAUCUCGCUCAACAGUUGUAGAGCUUUCAAAACCACCGCUCAGCCACAGGAAUAGCAAUGGUCUGUAGGAGAAACAGAGAACAAAGUUCACUUAGGGAAAGCUACUUCGUGAACAUGUUGAGUUUCACAGAAUCCUUAUGAAUUACUUUGUGCAAUCCUCGACGCGGGAUGUGCUUAGAAGAGGAGGAAUUAGAUGUUUACAGCGUGGGAUAAUGUCAGAACUCUGUCUCUGGAGGUUGUGAAGACUGGAACAAUGGCAAGUGAAUUCAUGCUCCUAGCAGCGGUGGAAAACACCACGCGUAGAGGCUGCAUGUUGCUCCCAUGCAUUCCCGCACCCUGGCGGUGUCUGAAACGUGGUCCGUUACUCUAGAACUACUGAUGGAAGGAAGAUGUUGUUUUCUCUGCAAUACCCUUGUUUGGUGCGUACCAAGCCUGGAGACUGAAGAGGUUACUGCUGGCUGGGAUUACACGUGUGUGUGCGAUACCGACGAACCCCUCAACUGUGGAAGGAGCUGCAGACUUGCCAUGUUGGAUAACCUUUAAUCUGUCGUGUUGCCAUGUUCUUUCCGACCAUUACUGCUGACUUUAUAAUAACCUUUCUCCAUACUGCUGAUGAUCAACAGUGUGACUCUUAUGCACUUCAAAGUACUGAAUCCUAACUGUCCUGUGGUUUAAAUGUUAUUGCUACUUCAUGGAAACAUUGAACUCGAUUUAUUCACUUAGUUUGUUGUACUCACUAAUAGUAGCUACCACCGUUUUGCUUCUUCUACGUAUAUGCAGUACUAUAACUGACACAAUAGAGUAAUAAUUGGUGAAGAGGAAUUUAUGGUAGCUUCAUCUAGUGCUCUGUUGUAUAAAUUGACUAUUUUAGCACAGUUUUUAAAGAGCAGAUUCCUUUUGACAAGUUUACAGUGAACAUAAAGACAGUUCUUUUCCAUUUCAGGUCAACUGCACUUUUUAAAAAUUAAAAA